CCCAGACCCACAGUCACACACAGCUGUAGUGCCACCACACACCAGACCUCUUCUCACUACCACUGGAACAAUGACAUGUUGGAGAGUUUUUCUCUGUAUCUGUGAAGAAAGAUUUUGAGUGGAUCCACAGCUCUCCUCAAUGUGAUAAUUGAGUUGGAUGUACCAUACUUUUUUUUUGGUCUUUUUUAGGAGGAGGGGAAUUUUUGUGUCUCUGGAUUGAUACAUUUUAUAAUCAGGCGUCGCUGACUAAUGUACAAGUCUCCUAAGAACAUGGUCAGUCGUCUUUUCAAAUAGAUGCUUGCUGCAUGGGCUGAGUCCUCUCUGCGAUCGUCAUCUCUGCAGUGCUUUGGAGUGUGCAGGCCUGGCACAGGCAGCUCUUAUCCUGCUUCACUUGCUUCAGCUGAGCCACUGUGUCAGAGGCUUCUCUGACAGAGCAGUCUGCUGUAUGAGAACCUCCGUUCUGGUUCACAGGGAAGCUGCCUUAAGCAAUGCUUAAUCUGGAUGUUAUGGCAGCUGGUCUGAAUCCUCAGAUUUCUACCUCGCCAAGAUAAGCUGGAUUUCCAUGGUGCAGACAUGUCCCUCGAACCCGGACCCUUUUUGCUGUAGUUUUCAAACGGCUCGCUGCAACUUGUCCUUCUGGCAUUUUCUGUUGGGAUAUAUACAAGAGAGUCGAUUUGGGGGUCACCGAAUGCUCCCUGCUUCCCCAUGGCAUGCUGUUUCAAGUCCCGCCAUCAUGGAAGCUGGACACUUAACACCCCUUUUCCAGAUGAUGACGCUGAGCAGCACCACAGCACAAUGGUGGGAGAGGGGGGCAGCACGGGGGACAGCACCCCAAAGCGUAAGGGCAAGUUCUCUACCCUUGGCAAGAUUUUCAAGCCGUGGAAGUGGCGGAAGAAGAAAAGCAGCGAGAAGUUCAAGGAAACUUCAGAAGAACUGGAGAGAAAGAUGUCGACGAGGCGUACGCGGCAGGAGCUUAUAGAGCAGGGAGUGCUGAAGGAGGUCCCGGACAACGAAGCAGAUCCAGAUACGCAGAACAUGAAGCAGCCCUACGUGAAGAACGGCCACACUCUGCCAGUGAGCACUGGUGUCGGAGGAGGUGGGGGAGUCGUCAGUGGUGGCAGGAGCCCGUGCAACCAGGGCAAACUCCCCUUAGAGUCGGAUUUUAGGAUGAACCCGGCCUGGCUCCCCCAGCCAGACGACCGCAGGGGACGCUCUCCCUCAAACGGAGACCGCCGGGGAGCUCCAGGCUCAAACGGAGACCGCCGGGGAGCUCCAGGCUCCAGGGGCACAGGACUGCAUGAGGAUGGGUGGAGAGGGGGAGGGGUGGUGUCACGUGCACAUGUUGAGGGUGAGUGGAAGCCUAACGUGGUCUGGCAGGGCCAGAUUCACGGGCAGAUGGAGGAGGGCAGACGUGGGGGCCGACUUCACCCUGAGGACGGGCAGAAGAGGCCCGGGCUGCAGAAGGCCCCGUCUGAGGACGGCAGGAGGAGUCGGCCUGCAGAAGUGGACUGGAAGCCCACCCUCCCUCGACAUGCAUCUGCUGAAGAGGGAAGGGCCCGCAGAGAGUCAGACAGCCAUUUUGUCCCUGACCCAGAAGCCCUGCGGGACACCCUGCGGGAACCUCUGCCACCUAAACAGUCUGUCAUGCCUCCAAAAUGGCUGAUGACGAGCCCCACCCCUGAACCCAGCAGCAAGGGUCAACCCCGCACCCCAUCCAACCACCCCACGACCCAGUACUCCUCUCCUUCCGCCCCCUCGGCUGCAACGUCCAAACCUGUCAGGUCUGUGUCCUCUGCGGGUGCGUCCACUCAGCAGUCCUCAUCUGUAGCCCCAACCUCCACCUCUCAGGGCACCAAGCAGCCCCCUCUGCCCCCACCCAAGCCUGUGAACAGGGGCAACGCCGCCAUGCUGGUCUCCGCCCUGCAGGGGGGAGAGAAUGCUCAGCUUCCGCUCUACUGGUCCUGCUGGAAGCGAGAGUGCGACUACGAUGUCUACCUGUCCCUGCCUGUCUACCUGUGCCGGCGGGCCGGAGGCCUGCGCUCAGGGGACUUCACUCAAGCCACAGGCGGUGCCAGUCUUGUGCCAGCCAAGCCCUCUCCACCGAUGCCUCCGAAGAGGACCACCCCCGUCACCAAACGCAACACAGAGGACUCCUCUGCUUCAAGCCAUCCCAUGAACCCCUCACCGCUUUCUCUGGAGGACCACAGCAACCUCUCUGUGGGCUUCCAGCUGCCUCCGCCUCCUCCCUCCCCUCCCCUCCCAACACACAUACCACCUUCUCCUCCCCGCCAACACAUACACAGCCACCACCUGCACCAUCAGCACUCCUACCCCCACCCACUGCCCCAACCCAUACCCAUGCUGUUUGAUCCACCAAGCCCGACCAAUGAGUCUCCCCAGCGCCCAGCUCCUGUCCCACUGCAUAUCAUGAUCCAGCGGGCCCUGUCCAGUCCCGGCCCGGCUCAGCCGCAUCCAGACGGGUCACAGCGUGCACACACACUGCUUUUUGAAACCCCUUCGGAUUACCAAGGAGAUCGUGGUCGCCCCCUUCCUGUCAGCAUCCAACCACUAAAAUUAUCUGAAGAUGACUACUCAGAGGAGGAAGAAGAAGAAGAGGAGGAAGAUGACGAGGAAGAGGAAGAGUACGAUGGGGAGAUCCCCCAGCCAGAGCUGGAGCCACGGAGUCGCAGAUGCUAUGUUGGAGACGCCGGUGUUUGUGUCAUCCCAGGGGGAAACAGCAGUGAGGAAGAAGACGAAGAGGAAGAGGAUGAGGAAGGAGAGCAUGAUAUGCGUGGGGAGGACAGCGACUCAGACGGUCCUGUGCUGUAUAAAGAUGAAGACUCAGAUGAAGAUGAGGAAGAUGAGCCCCCACCUAGCGCCCUGGCCAGCAGGGUCAAGAGGAAGGACACAUUGGCUCUGAAGCUGAGCAGCCGCCCCUGUGCCCCAGACAGAGACAGGUUUACCCAGGAGAGGAGCAGCAGAGACGACCAGCCUCCAGGACAAACCGGCCUCACCUGGCAGAGCAGGGAGCAGUGGGAGGCCAUCCGCACACAGAUCGGCACCGCACUAACAAGGCGACUUAGCCAGAGACCCACUGCUGAGGAGCUCGAGCAAAGAAACAUCCUUCAGCCCAAAAAUCUGGCUGACAGACAAGCUGAGGUUCGAGAGAUCAAGCGGCGACUGACCAGGAAGCUGAGUCAAAGACCCACAGUUGCAGAACUACAGGCAAGAAAAAUCCUGCGGUUCCACGAGUACGUGGAAGUCACAGAUGCCCAAGACUAUGAUAGGAGAGCAGAAAAGCCGUGGACCAAGCUGACUCCUGCUGACAAGGCGGCCAUCCGGAAAGAGCUCAACGAUUAUAAAAGCACUGAAAUGGAGGUUCAUGAAGAGAGCAGAAUCUACACGAGGUUUCAUCGGCCUUAGCUUUCCCCCUCUUCAUGGAUAAUGAAGCACUUAAGAUCUCUGUGUGGCAAGAAGCUGCUCCCUAUGCAGACAGAUUGCCCUUUUACGUUUCCCGAAUGUAAUGUACAGAUUAUCAGGGAAAACCUGGAACUGACUCAAAAAAAAAAAAAGAAUGCUUCUCGCUUGCCCUCCAUCGCCCUCCCACUACAUUGCUUUCACUAAACUGAGGUGGUGGUGGGUGAGGACCAGAUGCAGUAUUUCUCCCGGACGACAGGGGGAACCACGUGCCAAUGAAGUGGAGAAGUGACAGAGGACCUACAGGGCUUACUCUCAGUCUGCUGUUAUGUGGUACCCCUCAGGGACUUGGAUCUAGCUACAACCUUUAAUGCGGCCUCAUUCUGUGUUGCCUUUUUUCUUCUUUACUGUAUAUGGAAAAGCUAAUUCAUCUUGUUAAUGUAAUAACAUACAAUAAUAAUGGUAAUAAUAAUGAUGAUGACUUAUAAUACUCCACACAGUAAUAAUAGAUAACAGAGACAAACGGCUGCUGCAAGAGCGAGGUUCGAGGAUGAAGACUGGGAUAUUCUGUUAUAGGACUGGACAUCUCUGGGAUAUUGUGUAUGUUUUAUAUAAAUUGUGUACAGACUGCUAUUGUUAUAUCUUAGAAUGAAACUUGGAAAGAUCUAAUUACAAAAUAUUCUGUAAUGCACAAGAUAUUUUAUAUUGUAAUUUUGAUCACAGAAGUAGUGACAGCUUUUAUUUGAGCCUUUUUAUUAUUAUUUUUUUUUAUUUGGCUUGCCUGUAUUUAUGGUUGUGAUGUGAGGUGGCCAUUUAAGUGUCAAUCUAGAUAUAGAAAAAGGUGCAGGUCAGGAGGCUGUUGGUGUUUUUAUGUGUGCCAACAUACCCAAUGCCUAAAGCACUAUAGGACACAGGUUUUCAUAUCAAUAAUUUCUGCAAUCCACCGCAUGAGCCAACACAGAAUCCAAUGCCAUUGGACCUGGAUAAUCUCUCUUCAUUUAUACUUUUUUAUGAGUUUUUGUACUUCCCUUUAAAGAUCAAACAUGCAAUGCAUUCUGUAGCCAUUUCGAAUAAGGUCAUGCUAGUAGUGUCUAUACUAAGAGUUAAAUGUAAGAUGCCGUGAGUGUAGAUCAGGGAAUUAUCAAAAAAAUCUGAAAAUGUAUAAACGGUCAACAGGGAGUCAUUUUGGCUGGAACCUUUUGAAACUGCAGAAGUUGUUUUAUCUUGUAUUGUUGUCUGGCCAGUAGCUUACAGGGUUCUCUAUGCUGUGUACAGGUUGAUAUAGGUUUAACUGAUGCUUGUGUAUAUCUUGUCUUCCUUUCAUUUGAAAAGAAAUUUUAAAUAUAAAAGUAUUAUAGGUUGCUAUUUUUUUAAGCACAGAAUAUUAGUUAAUGAUUAAAUGAUACAAAGAAUGGGAAUAUGAAAGUGUACCUUUUCUGUAAAACUAAGUUCAUUUUUAAUUGAAUGUGGAAUUGUAUGGACUGACAGUUUUCUUUUUAAUUGUAAAUAGUCACAUCUGGAUCUAAUUAAAAACCUUACAAUUCCUUGAA